AUUCUAGAGACGUCAUUCGAUAGAGAAUCAAAAACUGAACAAAUGUAGGAUUUUUUCGGCGUUCGCAUAUGACGCGAUCGCGAUUUUCUACGGGUUUUUCAGUAACAUAAUUUGUUUGCCUGAAUUUAGUUACGAAAAUUUUGUUUUAAUUCAACUUUUUUUAAAAUUUAUAUGUUAAAAUUAACUUUUUAAAUAUGUUAGGCGUCAUCCAUAUAUCACGUUAUCAAUGAGAGGGGGGGGAGGGUUCGUUAAAAGAUAACGCUUGAUCACCCGAUGAGGGGAGGUGAAGGUCGUGAGUGAUAAUGUGAUCUUUCUGUUACACUGUCCGGUCAGUCACGUAACUAAUCCUUUCUCUCUUGCCCAAUGAUUAUCAAAAAAGCAGACAGAGAAAGAGAAAAGAACAGGUUUCUAAUUGGAAUUUUGAACAGCGCAUACAGAAACGUGGUAAUUCGUGGAUUUUGUCGUUCUAUCUUUUCCUAUUGGUUGAUACAGAGCGUAUUUCCAGAGAGAAUAAAUGGUAGUGAAGACAUUUGUCUUUUCUACUCUCCAGAGAUGAACCAUGUGAAGUAAGGUAUUUCUGCAAACUCUAUUCUGAAAAAAGUGAAUAAGAUUCAAUUGAUACUUGUCUAUUUCUGCUUUCUUUGAUUAUUGAUAUAUUUUUUAGAUAAUGAACAGUAAAAGUGACAGUAAGAGAAAAUCAACUUCUCUGUAUGACCGAUUUAUUAAUGCAUUUGUUGAUCAACAUAAAGGAACACGAAAAGAUGCUUAUGCCGAUGGAAAUACCAGAUGGAAAUCAUUAAAAUUAGAAGGGCAUGAUGAAAUUGAAGAAGAAAUUAGUCGUAUGAUAAUUGAAGGGAGAAAAGGGAAUCCCAAAACUCAAACAUUAUUUACUUCUUGGGCUUCAGCUAAUAAAUCGUAUAGUUAUCAGCUAUUAUCAACAUCGAAUCUAUCAUCAGAACUUAGUGAUAAAUCAACACCCUUACUUUCGUUAUCAGUUGUUAGUGAAAAACCAUUAGUCAGUUCUCCAGAAUCAAAUGAUAAAAGUAAACAGGAACAACCAAAUUUAACGUCAAAAGUAGAAGUUUUCGAUAAAACUCCAUGUCCUCAACAAGAAAUUGUUAAAAAACAGUUAUCUGAUAUAGAAACAUCAUUAGCUGGUUACAUUUCUUUAAAAAAUAAAAAUCUUCUAACAAGUGAAAAUCUUAUCUCAAUGAGAUCAUUAAAUAAACAACGAGAGAAAUUAAGAAAAACUUUGAAGCGUCUUGAACAAGUUCGUGUUGCCAAUGCUAAAUCACGUCGAAAUAAACAGUUAAAAUUAAAAAGUUUAAAUGAAAAAUAUCCACAGAUAUUUAAAGAGUUUGACAUUUUGCCACAAGAAUCGAGUGGCCGUCCUCAUAUCGAGGCUCAAACUGGUCAAAAUGCUUUAUUGGAUGUUAUCGCCGAAAUCGCUGGUGGUGGUGGAGCAGCAGAUCGACAACGUAGUACAAAUUUAAUAGCAGCAUGUAUGUCGUUGGAUGAUUUACAUAAGGAACUUAUAAAGCGUGGAUUCAAAUUAAGUCGUAGUUCAACGUAUUUAAGGUUGAUCCACAUAGAAUUAACACAAGUGAAGGUAAACGGCAUGUUAAAACAGCACCAGUUAAAUUGA